AUGAGCCUCACAGACAUUCUAAGCCCUUCUGACAUCGCUGCUGCUCUGCGGGACUGCCAAGCUCCAGAUUCCUUUAGUCCCAAAAAAUUCUUUCAGAUCAGUGGGAUGUCUAAAAAGAGUAGCAGCCAGCUCAAGGAGAUCUUCCGGAUUCUCGACAAUGAUCAAAGUGGCUUUAUUGAGGAAGAUGAGCUCAAGUAUUUCCUUCAGAGGUUUGAGUGUGGAGCCAGAGUGUUAACCACCUCAGAAACCAAGACCUUCUUGGCAGCUGCAGAUCAUGAUGGGGAUGGUAAAAUCGGGGCUGAAGAAUUCCAGGAAAUGGUGCAGGCUUAGAGGUUCAAAAGGACCAAACCAGAUAGAAUUGGGAUGAAUCUGCAGGAGACACUCCCAAACCUUGAAAAUCCGGAAUCCCUUAUUUAACUUGACAGUGUCUGUUAUUUUUUCACCGCCUUAGCAACAUAA